AUAUGCGGCCGAGGAUGGGUGGCGGUGUUUGCGGACAAAAAAUUAAAAUAAGAGUGGAGAAAAAGAGAAAAAUGGGGGCGGAGAAAGCCAGGAAAAGGAAAAAGGAAUGUGAAGGUUAAAAUGCAGGCAAAAAGAACCACAUAGAAGUCAUCGGUGAUCAAAGCUAGCAAAUAUCGCCAACCCAACAAAUUACCACCUGUCCAGAGACGAUGAAAUAGUACUGCUGUGUCCAAAAGGAGGCACAAACGACCUUCUCCCCCCCACCCCAACACACACACACACACACACACACACAAAGUGUCAGGCCACGCUUUACAGGUGCACAACCGCCGUCUCUCCCCCAGGGCACUUCAAUACUCGCAGUAGCUGCGCAAGCACCACCCAUCUCUCAUCCCUUCCCCCAUAGAACUUCAAAAAAAAAAAAAAAAAAGAAGGAAACGGAUAAUAAUUGAACGUUACAUUUGCAUUACUGUUUAGUUGAUAAAGUUUGUUAAAGAGAGUGGCGGAGGAGGUGGGUGAAAAUUUAGGUCGCGCCACGUUGCACGUUCUUUGGGUGGAUUCAGGACAACUGCUUGUCAAGUACUCUCUCUGGCUCCUUCUUUGUCUUCUUCUAGCGGCUGCAGACUGUACUCUUCUUCCUUUUCCUUGAUUUUGGUUUUCCUCCUACUUUCCUAUCCACAUUGGAAAACAGAGAGACAGAUAGAAAUGGUUAAGGGUAAUGUUGUUGGUGAAGUUGUGGAGUCGAGCAACGAGGUUCGUGAUGAGACUACAAACUGUAUCGCCGAUGGCUUGCCUCCUAACAACCAUCAUGGUGAUAAAGAUGACCUGUAUACCGAACUAUGGCACGCGUGUGCCGGUCCCAUUGUGUAUGUACCCCGCGCUGGGGAGAAGGUUGUCUACUUCCCUCAAGGUCACGCGGAACAGGUUGAGGCAUACAUGAACCAAGAUGGUAUCAUGGAAAUGCCUAUCUACAAUUUACCUUCCAUGAUCAUCUGCAAGGUUGUCUGCGUGCAACUAAAGGCUGAAGCUGCAACAGAUGAAGUGUUUGCCCAAAUAACUUUGCUUCCAGAGGCAAAGCAAGACUGGCUAAGCUCAGAGGAGGAUGGAAAUUCCCAGCCCUUGCCUCGCAAAACUUAUGCGCUAUCUUUUAGCAAGAAACUCACAUCUUCUGACACAAGCACGCAUGGUGGAUUCUCUGUUCUAAAGCGACAUGCUGAGGAGUUCCUUCCACCCAUGUUGGUGGUGCAGGACAUGUCUAAAGAUCCCCCAGAACAGAAACUUCUUGCAAGGGACUUGCAUGGUUCAGAAUGGUGCUUCCGUCAUGUUUUUCGGGGUCAGCCAAAGAGGCACUUGCUUACAACUGGUUGGAGCGCAUUUGUGACGUCAAAAAAGCUUGUUGCUGGGGAUGCAUUUAUCUUCCUUAGAGGAGAACAUGGAGAACUUUGCAUUGGGAUUCGCCGUGCUUUGAAAUUACAGAACAAUGUAUCAACGGCAGUCAUCUCUGCCCAUAGCAUGCAACAUGGGAUUUUGGCCACUGCCUUACAUGCCACUAACACUGGAACCAUGUUUACUGUGUACUACCAUCCUUGGAUAAGUCCUAAUGAAUUCAUUAUUCCUUUUGAUCAAUAUGUGAAGUCUGCUGAAAUCGACUAUUCUGUUGGGACAAGGUUCAGAAUGCUGUUUGAAGGUGAAGAAUGUCCAGAACAGAGGAUUGAGAGAUUUGAAGGCACAAUUGUUGGCAAUGAAGUUGUUGAUCACAUUCGAUGGCCUAAUUCAGAAUGGAGAAGUCUUAAGGUCAAAUGGGAUCCUACAUCGGAUGGAUUUUCACGUCCAGAAAGAGUUUCUCCUUGGAACAUUGAGCCAAUAGAAACUGUAAAAAGAAAGUGCAUUUCUCUUCAACACCCAUCAAAGAGGUUGUGUCCAAAGGAUGUAUCAUUGUGCUUGUUUCCUAGCAUGGUCAGGGAUGCUGGCUUAUUGCAUGGUCCGGUUGAGCAUGCAACCCAAAAUCAGUCAGAGGUCUUUCAAGGUCAAGAAAAGGGUGACAUGGUUGUUGAUGAUUUGGGUGCACUUAAACCACCACUAAUAUCACAUUUGAUUCCAAAAAAUCCUGAUUCGAACAACAAACCAGUGGGAUUAGGGAAUCAGCUGCAUUUUUCAGUGCAUGGCCCAUAUUAUCCGUGUCCCAGUGGUACUGUUUUAUUUCCUGGUGGAAACAUAACAAGGUUGGGUCUUCCUAGUUGCUGUUGCCCUCCACUCAGCUCUUAUGGAGACCCUGAAAACACCAUGAGAAGCAGAAACUUGUCAGUUCUGAAGGUCAGCUCUUACAAUUCUGUGUCUCAGGACUUGAGAACUUCAGAACUGAAGGAUGCAACUGAAGUUCCACAUACACCACCAAAUGGUGGUGGCAGGUACAUGCUUUUUGGAGUCAAUUUAGUUAAAAGUCCACCGGAGCUCCCUUCACCACAAGUUGCCAAUUAUAGUGACCACAAAAGUCUUUAUUCUGUUCUUCAAAUGUCUCAAUGCAGCAUUUCAGAGCAAUCCAAGAGUCCUUCUGGCAUUAGCCCAGAAAAUCAAUGCAAGAACUAUUGUUCUGCCACCAAUCUGAAUUGCACAGAGGUGCUCAAAUAUGGAGCUGCUAGAAGAUCAGUUGACCUCACUCGAUUUGAUGGUUAUGAGGAUCUCAUUCGUGAACUUGAUCAAAUGUUCGACUUCAGGGGAAGCUUGAUUGAUGGGAGCAGGGAAUGGCAGGUAACAUACACUGAUGAUGAAGGGGACAUGAUGCUGAUUGGAGAUUAUCCAUGGCAGGAAUUCCUGUGUAUGGUCCGAAGGAUGUUCAUCUGCUCAAAGGAAGAUGUUGGCAGGCUGAAUGCAAACUGACCAAAUCGAGUGUCUGUAUGAUAACUCUGGGUCAAUUCACUUUGUGUCAUCUGGUUCGAUUUUGGGCAAUUCCAUUAAUAAAUGAGAGAGUGUGAUCUUGGUCACUUUGUGUCAUCUGUACGAUAACUCUAGGUCAAGUUGCUUUGUGUGAAUGCACUUUAUCCUCAUGCAGUAAUAUGUGUGAUAUUUAUGGCGAUGAUCCUAAAUGGGAUCGCAGUUUGCAGAACAUAGACACCAAAUAAUGUUGAUGCUUCUUUAUGUUUGAAGGUUUCAAUUUGGGAUUAUGCCCUUUUUAUUGCAA